GCCGGAGCCGGAACAGCCGGCGGCGAUCGGGGGGGCGGCCGGGGGGCAGCGGGAGCGCGGCGCGGCGGGGCGGGGCGGUGCGGUGAGGUGAGGUGCGGGGAUGCUGUCGGCCGCGCUGCCGGGGAUGCUGCUGUCCGCGGCUCCCGGGGCGAUGUUGGCCGCGGUCGUCGCGCUGUUGGUGGCCGUGUGUGUGGUGCUGCCCUCCGCCCCGCCGCUGCGGCACCUCCUGCUCCGCGCCGCGCUGCUGCGGGCCUCGGGGUGGCAGCGGCGCCGCCUGGAGCUGCAGAGCACCGACGUGCGGCACGGGCAGGAGCGGCGGCUGCGGCGGCUGCUGCCCCACGGCGCGGCCCCGGGGUCCGACGCGUUCCGGGAGCGUCACCCACCGAGCCCGUGCUGCAGUGACGGGGAGCGAGCGGAGCCGCUGCCGCCGCUGAGCCUCUGGGCCGUGUUGCGGAGCUGCUGGAGCGCCGAGCCCGCGCUGCAGGGGGUCCUGCUCUACCUGCACGCCCUGCACCGCACCUUCCCGCGGGCGCUGACGCUCCGUGGCACGGCCCUGCUGGGAUGGGCACCCUCUGCUCCCCACGCCCCGGGCUUCUGCCCGCUGCCCACGCUGUACUGCACGCCCCCCGAGGCCGCCGCUCUGCCCCUGCGCUCCGCAGCCCUGCGGGUGCAGCUGCUCUUCGCCCUGCGGACACGUUCGCUGCGCGUGCUGGAGGCCCGGCUGCCCAAUGAGCUGCACGACGUGCUGGUGGCUCUGCGGGACGGCUGGGCCGAACUGGCCCAUGACCUGGAGCUGGGCACGCUGAGCCCCCAGCCCGGGCUGCCCGAGGAGAUGCGGGGUUGGCUGCAGGCGCUGCUGGUCCCUGACAGCACGCGGGCAGCAGAGCUGCGAGCUGAGUGUGAGAGGGGCUUCGAGGGCAUCGUGCGGCGCCUGUGGCCGCAGCUGCAGGUGGUGGUGGUGGGGACGGUGCGUGGCGGGGAGCGGCUGUACUGCGAUGCCCUGCCCUGGGCAGCCUGCGAGGGGCUGCCGCUGUACUGCCCCUGGUACCGAGUGGCAGGAGCUCUGCUCGGUGUCAACCUAUGGCCAAAAGAGCCCACGCCUCGCUUCGUGCUGUGCCCAGAGUGGGCAUUUUGUGAGUUCCUGCCCUGCCCGGUCGAUGAGAAGGAGGAGCAGCACACAGCGCUGCUGGGGGAGCUCUGGGAGGGACGCGAGUACACACUGAUCCUCACCGCCCGGCCUGGGGAGUACAGGUGCCGUGCUGGAGAGGUGCUGCGGGUGGCUGGCUUUCAUAAGCAGUGCCCUGUGGUGGAGCCUGUGCGCAGGGAGAGCCAAGUACUGAGUGUGCGCGGUGAGAGCAUCCCUGAGGAGCAGUUCUGCAGAAGCCUGCGCCGUGCCUUGGGCAUGUGGCCAGGUGCCCGCCUCAUGGACUACAUCUGUGUGGAGAGCACCUUGCUGGGUGCCUCCUCAGGGGCCGGUGCCCCCCAUUACGAGGUAUUCGUGGAGCUGCGGGGCCUGCGGGACCUGUCGGAGGAGCAACGCCACAAGCUGGACCACUGCCUGCAGGAGGAUUUCCCCAUCUAUAAGUCGUUCCGCUUCAAGGGCAGCAUCGGGCCGCUGCGCCUGCACCUGGUUGGGGCCGGGGCCUUCGCACGGCUGCGGGCGGCCAUGGGCUGCCCCGUCCCCAUGCCCCGGGUGCUGCGGGAGGAGCGACUGCUGGCUGUCAUCCAGGGCACUGUUAUCUCCUAAGGGCAGCACUGGGAUUUGCUUGGUGUCACUCACUGGGCACGGAGUGGGACUGGGGUGAGGGCACUCGAUGGAGCAGAUGGAGCCAGCAGAGCAUGACUCUGGCCCUUCUCAGGGCUCACUUUGGGCACAGGGUGGGACUUUGGCUGCAGGUGGCCAUCCUCAGGGCCUUUCUGGACGUGCCUUAGCCAAAGGUUGGCCCCAUCAAGUGCCAUCAGAUGAGGGGCAGCGGUGCCUGUGCCUUUCCUGAGGGUCCUUUGGGGGUUCACAGCCAGUGGCCAUCACAGGGGAACAGCAGAAACCUCCCUGGGAUUGGGGAGCCCCGGGGCCCUGCAGCUUUGUGUCCCCUGGCCUGGAUGCCCUGGGCAGGGCGUGUGCUGGCAUCAGUGACAGCUGCUCCUCCACAGCCCCAGCACAGGUCUGCUGGUUCAGAAACAAUCAGCUCCAGCAGGGACUUUUUAAUGUAAAAAAACAAAACAAACAGGAAAAAAAAAAAACAAACAGAUGCAAAAUAAAAGAGGAUUAUCUCUCAAAUAUAAAUAAAGGACAGCGCUCUGGGA